GUGGGGGUGAAGUUGUUGAGGGAGAUUCAUGGCCAAGAGGAGGAAGAUGGAGAACGCCAAAAGAGCGGAGAGACCAACUCCAGAAAGAAGAAAAGGAGUAAAGCAGGACAGGAUACUAAGCAAGAAGCAGGAUCUGCUGCCACCAUCAUUGACAAUGUAACAAAACAGCUGGGGAAGCAAACUCUUGAGAACAAGGAACAGGACAAUGGGAAAGCAGAUGGCGAAGGUGAUGUUGAUGGCACAAACGGGAAAAAAGAAGAAAAAGAAGCAGGGCCCCAAGGUCCAGACAGAUCCACCCUCAAUUCCAAUUUGCGAUCUGCAUACAAGUGGUGUUUUCCCAAAGGGACAGGAGUGCGAGUACCCAACAGCACAAGAUGGACUUCCACGAGCAAGACAUUUGUUAAAUGUCAUCAAUGAAAAUUUUGGCACUCUUGCAUUCUGCCGCAGGUGGUUGGACCGACUUGGAGAGAGUAAAUACCUGAUGGCUCUAAAGAAUCUGUGUGGUCUGGGGAUUGUGGACCCAUGCCCUCCUCUGUGCGACAUAAAAGGCUCCUACACAGCACAGUUUGAGCACACAAUAUUGUUACGCCCAACUUGCAAGGAAGUUGUGAGCAGAGGAGAUGACUAUUAAAGCUGAUUAAUGAUAAACACUGCACUGUUUCUAAAUACUGCUUCUGUAGAGGCAUGUUGGACAAGAGUAGUUUGUUUCUUAAACUUAAUAUGCAAU